AUGCCGGUCUGGUUUGAGGUUGGUGUACCCCAGUCUUCGGCUUGGACAUUACUGGCACCAUACAUCGGCUCGUGCCCCGAGAAUCAAACCAGGUUGGCCUGGCAGAACUUCCCUGCCUUAUACAUCGAAAACCAGCCAAAUCCGGCGAGAAUCAACGGAUCAUCUGCUUUCAAUGAGACAGUAGGAGGAGGUGUGAAUUCUUUGAAUAGUACCGCUGUCCCCAGCGACGACUCGUGUGUCAACUCCACUACCCUGGGCACUAGCUGCUACCCUGCGAUUACGCACAACCGCACGCUGGCCCUGUCAUGGCCAGGAGAUCCCAAAUACGUAGUGUGGGUAACGCAGCUGAAUGUGACAUAUUCUCCCCUAGAAAUGACCGGCGACAACUGUGGAUCGACAAUUCAACCUGACGUCCAAACUUAUGCCGGCGAUCCUGCAAUUAAUGGCACCAUGUUCAUUGCGAUCACAGACUCAGACCCCUAUUUGAGUCCGUUCAACCUCUCAAUGAUCAAUCCCCACGUGGUUGCUGGCCCGGCCCUCUAUCAAUCUGGUUGA